AUGGCCUCGGACAAAUAUCCACCCUACGUACCGAUGCCCUCGCUCCGCCACGAGCUAGGGCUGGUGUUCGGCUUCUUAUCUCUGUGCAUAGUGGUUAUGGGAGCAUACGUUGCUCUCUGGCGUGUAUCCCAAACCCGCUUAGACGCCCAAGACCUCGCCCGCCGCAAAGCCUUUCGCAGCAAAACCCCAACCCAACAACCCCUAGGAACAAAACCCCCCUUAACAGCAGGCCGAAGCCCAAGUCCCAUCAAAGACACAUCCACCUCAAACUCCAAAGCAGCUGUGCAAGAAAAAAUGCUCGACCGCGUCGGCAUGCCCGAGAACCGUGCCGAGCUACCAGUCCACGGGAUGGAGGUGUACGCGGCUGGAAAGGGGAAUGCGAGCACAUCGCAAAUCAGAAGUCCACUUGGUCAGGCUAUGCCGCUUAGUAUUGUUAGUCCUGUUGGUCCGCUUGGGGGUAGCGGGGUUGCGGGUAGGGCUGCUAGCUCUGUUAGUCUAGUUGGAGGUGGGAUUGCGCUUGAGUCUAUUGUUGGGGUGGCGUUGAAGGAGGGAGAAGUUUGA